CACAGCGAUGUUGCCUCCGCAAUUAAGAAAACCGCUCAUUCAUAGUGCGCGCAUAUAGCGUUCGUUUUUCAAUUUCAUCUCUUGUCGGAAGAAGAGGGGAGGUAUGGUAAUUGUACAGUUGUUUAGCUGGUAGUAUUACAAUAUAAUAUUGCGUUUUGUUCACUACCUUGCUAUCGCGUUCGUAUUUUGGUAGCGAGCUAGCUAACGUUAGCUUGCUAGCUAGUUAGUCAUUGAACGUUAACGUUAGUUAGCUAAGUACGCUAACUUGCUAUAGUUUAGCUACAGUUCUCCCAGAAUGGCUAUUUAUAAAUAUGGUCAGUGUAAAAAUAGAUUAUCAUAUUGUAGUUAAACAGCUGAACUAGUCUAGUUAGCUUGCUGCCUAUCUUAACUAGCUAAGUCAAAGAAGUCCCCUGUAGCUCAGUUGGUAGAGCAUGGCGCUUGCAACGCCAUCGGUACGAUGUAAUGACAUUGUAUUAAUCUCUAAUUUGUGUCCUCCUUCCUAUAUAGGACAAUGAGUGGGGGAUUCAACUUUGGACAAGCGUCCAAUACUGGAUUCAGCUUUGGAGCUCCCAAAACCACAGCUGCCCCAGUCACAGGCUUUGGGAUUGCAAGUGCCGCAGCUCCAGGUGGUGGCUUCUCUUUUGGACCCCCCAAUCCUGCCCAGGCCCCAGCAGCUGCCCCCCCGAACACUACAAACUCAACUGGAGCAUUCAGCUUUGGGAACCCUACACAGAGCAGUACUCCUGCAGGAGGAGGCUUCUCUUUUGGGUGGGUGCAUUGGAUUAUGUAAUUUACAUGGAUGUUUGGAUAGUUAUAGCACUGUUAUAUUAAUCUUAGGUAGGUUGUUGCCUGUUUAGCUUUUAGUUAGCCUGACAACUCUCUCAAUUAUUCCGCUGCUCUGUCGUUUGCUACAUACUUUAGUCUAAGACUGCAAUCUUUGAAGUCGGUUUUGGUGAUGAGGGGAACAAGGGGUGUUAUACGAAACAGUUAUCAGUGAUUGGAUCGUCGCUAACCAAUCAAAGCCAAUGAUCAAUAUUCAAACUGCCGCCUUACCCACGUGUUUUCCGGAUGUAGCCCAACCAAUCAGUUUCUGGACCAUUCAGACGGCCCUGAAUGUGUUCGCAUUCAAUGAAGGGUCGGGGAGGUUCUCAGAUCCAGACUCAUUGCGGAGAAGAAACUAACGUCUGUGGGCGUGGCGUAGCGUUUGGCCUGAACAAGGAGUCUGGAUAGCCAGGAAGCUUUUAAUAGGAUUGUAAUGUAGAUUUUCUAAUGCAUUAUUUUCUCUUACUUUUAUCUCAAGUACUCCCACUGCUAAACUCAAUCUGGGCACACCAGCCUCUCAACCAGAACCGACUGGGCUAACUAUGGGGAUGGCAACCCCCACCUCUGGGGCAGGCUUUGGACAUGGUGGGGGUUUUGCCACACAAACCACUGCUGUCCCCACAGGAGGGGGGUUCAGCUUCGGGAACGCAGGGGGGCUUGGAGCCCCUGUUGCGCAAACUCAGGCCCAACCAGCAGCAGCCGGUGGGCUCUCUUUAGGAACUCCUGCUGCAUCCACCCAAAUGAUGGGAGGUGGGUUUAGUAUUGGUGCAGCCAAGGUCCAGGCCACCCCAGCCCCUGCUGUAACCCCAGGAGGGGGCUUCUCAUUUGGGAACAGCGCCCCUGCAACCCUCUCCCUGGGAAACCAACCCACAGGUGAGUUUUCUGCGCUUCUAGUCAGCUCAGUUGAUCAGAUCAUGGGUAACGUACUGUAAAUUACAUGAUUACUUUACAUAAAUGUGUUUUGUGCAUCCUGAAUGAUUGUAUUUUAUUUUCCUCAGGUCUGAACUCUGUGGCCCCGGCCUCAACAGCUGCACCAACCACAACCCAGGGUGGAGGAUUUGCGUUUGGCGUCAAACCUUCAGGUAAAUGGGGGAGUCAGAGACAUUUGGCAUGUGUCAUUAAUCAAAUGAAUAGCUGACAUUGGAGAACAAAAAAUGUUUGAAAAUGUGCUAUCUUUGAAUGGGCAUAUGUGUGCCUGUUUUUCAACUAAUAUCAAGUUGAUCUAGUUUUCUUUCUCUAAAGCUACUCCAGCCCCCGCUGUAACUACCCCGGCUACCCAGACCUCAUUAGGUUCUUCGCUCUUUGCUCUACCAGCAGCAGCAGUCACAGGUUUGGGAGUUUUAUCCCCUAACUCUUGCCUGAAAUAUCUAGUGUCAGCAACUAACUCAUAAUAACUAAGGUGAAAUGGUCUUUCUGACAUUCUGUGGUGGCAUUAAUUUCCUUGUCUGUUACCGGUACUCUCUCCUGAUCAGUGGGUGCUGCCCCCACCUCAGCCACCCCUACUGCCCCGGCUGCCACAUCGACAGCAGGAAGUACCCUGGGCUUUAUGCUCAAACCCCUGGGAGCAGUCACUGCCACCACCACCGCCCCAGCUGGCACAGGUACCGUACUGGUUCACUGUUACAUCAUACAGGGUUAUUGGAAUAACUAGAGCUUGAUAUUGUUGCUUGUUUAUGCAAAAUUCUGUAACUGGGCUUAUUUGUCAUUGAUUAAUUCUUGUCGUAUUGAGGAAUUCUUCACUGUAAUGGUUUUAAUGUUUUAGCUGCCCCUACCACUGGCACUACAACAGGUUUUUCACUGGGUAUGAAACCUGCGGGCGCCACUGGCAUCGGUGCAACGGCCCCCAUCACUGGAGUAGCCACAACCAUCACUACUGUUACAGCAAGGUACUGCAGGGUUCAGCCUAGCCCAGUUCAUUACAACAACUCACUGCAAUAGCUCACUGCAUCUGUAUCCUCAACCUUUGCAUUUCUCUAAAUACAUCCUUAUCUACUCGUAAACCUAGUCGUUUCAAUGUGAAACUGUCCCCUUACUCCCCCUCUACAGUGCUCCUCCAGUGAUGUCCUACGCCCAACUAGAGGGUCUCAUCAACAAGUGGAGUCUAGAGCUAGAGGACCAGGAGAGGCACUUCUUACAGCAGGCUACCCAGGUCAACGCCUGGGACCGCAUGCUGGUGGAGAACGGAGAGAAGGUAAACAGACAUGGCACUUCUCGUGAUCACUGCACCACUAGAAUCUAGGCAAUGCUAUUUGUUUUAAUCAUGAAAUGGCCUUCAAUUGAACUUCGGGGUCUCUUCAUGGCAGAUUUUAAAAGAGGAUGUUCAUCUCGUUGUUACAGAUCACAUCACUGCACAGGGAGAUGGAGAAGGUGAAACUGGACCAAAGAAGGUAGGAGUUAACCGGUUUAUUUCUAAUACAGUAUUUGAUACACCAGAUUCGUCCCUCCUAUAGCUCAGUUGGUAGAGCAUGGCGCUUGCAAUGCCAGGGUUGUGGGUUCGAUUCCCAUGGGGGGCCAGUAUGAAAAAUGUAUGCACUCACUUAACUGUAAGUCGCUCUGGAUAAGAGCGUCUGCUAAAUGACAAAAAUGUAAAUUCCGAAUUCUGUCCUUUAUCUGUGAUAAGUAGUCAUUGUGUUACUAUUGUGUCAAAGUUAUUGGAUUAACUUGUGUUUCUGCUCUCUAACCCAUCCCAGGCUGGACCAGGAGCUGGACUUCAUCCUGUCACAACAGAAGGAGCUGGAGGACCUGCUGUCCCCGCUGGAGGAGUCUGUCAAAGAACAGAGUGGAACAAUCUACAUGCAGAACGCAGACGAGGAACGCGAGAGAACGUAAGGUUUUACCAAAGGGCUUUGAGUGAGAACCAAUGCACAGUGAGAACUGAGUCAUGACUAUAUGGUUGUGAUAUUUCAUCUUUAUGCGUUCUCUUUCUGAAGGUACAAGCUUGCAGAGAACGUGGAUGCCCAGCUGAAGAGGAUGUCCCAAGAUCUCAAGGAAAUCAUUGAACACCUGAACACAUCUAGUGGGCCAGCUGAUACCAGUGACCCGGUGAGAGAAAAUAUUUUAUAUAUAUUUCUACCGUUAUUCUAAAUAAAAUGUUAUGUCACAUGCUUUGUAAACAACAUGUGUGGAGUACUUACUUAUGGGCCCUUCCCAACAAUGCAGAGAAAGAAAAUAGAGAAAUAAUAGAAAAGUAAACAAGUAAUAAUAGAUACACAAUAAGUAACGGUAACUUGACUAUACAAGGGGUACCAGUACAAUGUGCUCAUUAAUACAGAGUCUAUGUGCAAGGGUAUGAGGUAAUUUAAGUGAUGUGUACAUACUGUAUAACUAGGAAUAUACUUUUUUGAAAAUACAGCACAUUUCUGUAACUAUUUUUACCUGUAAUGAAUACACCCUUGGUUGGUUAAUUUAGCGAGGAGGAAUUGAAUAAUUAGUUAUGCUGUCACUUUUCCUCUUUAGCUUCAGCAGAUCUGUAAAAUUCUCAAUGCCCACAUGGACUCUCUGCAAUGGAUUGACCAGAACUCCGGUCAGUAUUUAACCUAUGGUCUGGAGAAGCUUGAGUAAACAACUUCCACAACUAACUUGACCCUUCAAUCCAUAUUAACUCUGUAAUAUCUCCCUGUCUUUCCUCAGUGCUUCUACAGAGAAGGGUGGAGGAUGUGUCCAAACUCUGCGACAACCGACGCAAAGAGCAGGAGAAGACUUUUCGUAUAACAUUUGAUUGACUUGGAGAAUUGUAAUGUCUCAGAAAAGGAUAUUGUGAAUAUGUGCAUUAUGCUAGUUUAUUUUUGAAUGCAAUGAAGAUUUGAGGAGUUAUGAUAAAGAUGUGCUUAAUGCAUCAAUUGUGAUUUUAUAGAAAAAUACUCCAAGCUAGGGUUUUAGAUAUGUACUUCCCAAAUUUCCACACCGGUAAUGGGCAAAUAAUACAUUCUUUGAGUAAAGAAUAAUGCGUCACAUAUUGUGCUCUAAUAUGAUUUAGGGGUCGAUUCAGUCCAGUACACUAAAGAUCAGCGCUGUAGAGCAAUUUAAAGGUAAUUUCCGAUUGA